AUCUGGUGGCUGGAUCCAGAACUGACAUACGGCAAUGCCAAGCCGUUUGUCUUCACGCAGGGCCACUCAGUGUGUAACCGGUCCUUCUUCCCUUGCUUCGACACGCCAGCAGUGAAGUGUACCUAUUCAGCCACUGUCAAGGCUCCAGCAGGGAUACAGGUGCUGAUGAGUGCCACCCAAAGUACCUACUUAGAAGAGGAAGGUAUAUAUCAAUUUUACAUGGAAUAUCCAGUUCCUGCCUAUCUAGUGGCCCUGGUUGCAGGAGACCUUAUACAUGCAGACAUUGGUCCAAGGAGCAGAGUGUGGGCAGAGCCUUGUCUGCUGCCAACAGCCAUCAGCAAGCUUUCUGGCAUGGUUGAGCGCUGGUUGUCUGCUGCAGAGAGUCUGUAUGGCCCAUAUAUAUGGGGAAGAUACGACAUUGUUUUUCUUCCUCCAUCCUUUCCUAUUGUUGCCAUGGAAAACCCCUGCCUGACCUUCAUCAUCUCUUCCAUUCUGGAGAGCGAUGAGUUUUUGAUCAUCGAUGUCAUUCAUGAAGUCGCCCACAGCUGGUUUGGAAACGCAGUCACCAACGCUACAUGGGAGGAGAUGUGGCUGAGCGAGGGGCUGGCCACGUACGCACAGCGCCGGAUCACCACUGAGACCUAUGGAGCUGCCUUCACGUGUUUGGAGACUGCGUUCCGCCUCGAUGCUCUGCACAGACAGAUGAAGCUCCUUGGAGAAGACAACCCAGUCAGCAAGCUUCAGGUUAAACUGGAGCCAGGUGUAAAUCCUAGUAAUUUAAUGAACCUCUUCACCUAUGAGAAAGGCUACUGCUUUGUUUACUACCUGUCCCAGCUUUGUGGUGACCCAAGACACUUUGACUCCUUCCUAAGG